AUGGCUGAGCUGCUGUCUGUGUGGGUGUCUGACCACCCAAGCUUCUCGCCAGAGGUGCUGGAGAGCUGGGUCAACGGCUUGUCAGUGCACGACGCUGCGGCACGGCGCCAAGACACAGCGGACUUCCCCCGCAUAUCCCCGGAGAUUGUGCUCGCGGACACGCGCGACCAGUACAUGCUGUUCCGGCAGCUGGAGCCCUUCUUUCACGAGCCGCGAUCGCUGGCGCAGCAGGACAUCUAUCCGCUCUCUGAGGACGACUGCCGCCACCUGCUGUUCAGCUACUACCAGUACGACGCGAACUUCAUGCUGCUCAUCCUGGGCAAGCAGCUGUCCAAGGGCAUGCGCAAGGACCUGGACGAGCUGGCUGACGAGACACACCUUGCGCUUACCAGCUGUAACCGCCAGUUUGACAACCUGCGGCGGAUAUGGAAGGCAGUCGAGGACCAGCCGGGCCCUCUCGUCAACGUCAUCCAGCAGCAGUUUCUCCUCAACCCGUCCCAGGCAAAGGACUACGCAGCCAUGGUGUUCAUCACAGACAACAGAUUAGCUGUUGACAAGAAGGUGCUGAGUGCGGUGCCGCUGUCGGUGUUCCUGGACUGCGCCCACGAGUUUAUGCGGUCGUGGACAUCUGUCAAUGAUCCACACGGAAAUGACCAGGACCUCCAGAAGCGUUUCCUCCAGGAGCUGCGUGAGCUCAAGUACAACAUCACGGGAUCGCGCGAAGUUCUCGAACACUUCAACGCGGCAUUGCGGGCCAAUCCUCCGGCCGUGUCCGCGUCGCGUCUUGCGCACGUGUACGGCGUUGUGCGCCGCGUAAUUCAAAUUGGCGGCGGUCUCUCCUACAGCAAGGAGUGGCGAGACAUCUUCGAGGACCUCGAGCAGGAGGUGGUGCAACCGCUGCGAGAGGACAGGUGGACCCUGGUGGAGACAGGACAGCUGAUGAAGACUAUCAAGGAGAGCUAUCACCACGCCCCCCUCCCUGCUGACCUGCGGCACCGCGCCGCUGUUACGUUUGACACGUUUAUCGACACCGUCGGCCGCGUCAUUGCCAUCAUGAUGUGA